AAGUAGAAGAAAUCGUGGUAAAGCUCCUCACUGUGAAGUCUGUCAGGUUCAAUAUUGAAGACAACAGCAGAGCUCACCACACUGAUGAGUACGCUCUCACACAAAAAAGUGAUGGAAAGGCUGCGAGUCUUGUUGUCCGACGAGGACAACCCUUUGAUAUUGACAUUGACUUUGAUCGUGCAUUUGAUGAGGAAAAGGAAGACCUAAAGUUAAUAUUUGCAACAGGCAAAUUUCCGUCCAUCACAAAUGCGACCAAGGUGGAAAUAAUUCUUUCUAAGGAGGACAUGCCCGGUAAAUGGGGUGCUGCCAUUAAAGAGAAAAAUGGGCAAACCAUAAAACUUAAAAUCUUCACUCCGCCCGACUGUUAUGUAGGCAAAUGGUGUUUCCAGGUGAGGGCCUUCAGCAAGACCCCCAUGCCAGACAAACCACCUGUUUGUAAGGUCUACGCCCACUCUCCACUCCUAUACAUUCUGUUCAACCCAUGGUGUAAAGAUGACCAAGUUUAUCACCAUGAUAAAGAUCUGCUUGAAGAGUAUGUACUCAAUGAGAGUGGCAGGAUUUUCAUUGGCGGAAAGCGUAGUAUCUACAGCAGGGUAUGGGAUUUUGGCCAGUUUGAGAAUCCUGUCUUGGACUGUAUAUUGGGUUUAUUUGACCAAAAGAACUUUCGUAUGGAAUACCGAGGAGACCCUGUUAAGAUUGUCCGACGUUUGACCAGUCUCGUGAAUUCCAAUGACAACGAUGGAAUCGUGGUAGGUAACUGGUCAGGGGAAUAUCAGGACGGUACCAGCCCCUGCGAUUGGGCAAGCAGUGUGGAUGUGAUGAAGACAUAUUGUGUCACUAAGGAGCCAGUGUGUUUCGGACAGUGUUGGGUAUUCUCCGCUAUCUUAACAACUUGUUGCAGAGCUCUGGGAAUACCUGCAAGGAGUGUCACCAAUUUUGAUUCAGCUCAUGAUACUGAUGGAAGUAUGACUAUUGACAGAUUCUUUGAUGAAAAGUAUGGGUACAAUGAGGAGCUUUCUACAGAUUCUAUUUGGAACUUCCAUGUAUGGAAUGAUGCCUGGAUGGCGAGACCAGACUUAAACGAUAAAGAUUACGGAGGUUGGCAAGCAUGUGAUGCCACACCUCAGGAAACCAGUGAUGGUAUAUACAGUUGUGGGCCUUGUCCUCUUCUGGCCAUCAAGCGUGGUGAGGUAGAUGUGAAAUAUGAUGCUGCAUUCAUCUUCGCUGAAGUGAAUGGAGACGUUGUUGAAUGGACUCAAUCGUUCGAUGGGUCAAUGAGCAAAAAGAUCAAAGAGAACAAGGUUGGUUUCAACAUCAGCACGAAAAGACCAGCAUGUCUGCCGAAGCACAAGUGGUGCCCAGGGGAUCCUACUCAUGACGAAGAAUGGCAGGAUAUCACAUCUGAAUACAAGUACACAGAAGAUCCUGCAGCAGAGAGAGCAGCUGUGCUGAGGGCUAACCAGCAUAGCACUAGACGGGACAUCUAUGAUAAACCAGAAGAGGGAUGUGAGGCUCCUGGUAUCGUGACUUUAGGAGAGAAGUUCCAGGUAGAGGUUUCCUUCACUAACCCCUUACCCACCAGUCUUACAGGAACAGGGCUGACUGUGCAUGGACCAGGAGAAAGACUUGUGAGCAAAUAUAAACCAGGAUUGGUGGCGAACAACGAGACAUUUGAGUACCAAGUGGAUAUCAUCCCUCAGAAGCGUGGAAAGAGGAGUUUUACAAUCCUAUUUAACUCUAAGGAGCUAACCAACAUAACUGGCUUGUGUGUGGUCGAAGUAAAAAAUGCCUAAAUGGUGUCAUGGCAACCAACAACUGACAAAUGAUCUCAUCCAACGCCCCUUAGGGUUUCGUCCUACUGAACUGCUUUGUUUGAACUCUCUGCUACACGGACAAUACUUAGCUUCUGAUCAACAUUAUUGUCACUUUAGUUGUGCUAGCUUUAAAUUGAUAUGUUUUGUUUCCUAACCAAAGAAAAACUGCUGUCUGUUUGUCGAUGUGAGACAGAUAUUCAGAAAUUCCUCACAAUAUAAUUAUAUAUAGAAUACUAUGACACGUCCGUGAAGUUGAUUCCCUAUUCCCUAUUCCUUAUUCCGUUACUUAUUCGACGGUGCAGUUGAUUACUUAUUCCUUAUUCAAUUACCAAUUCGACACUUUCAUUCCUAAUUCAAUACCUAUUAUUUAUUCAUUCAAAAAUUAUGAAAUAACACAAUAAAUGUUUCUAAAUAAUUAUUAAACGUGCUCAUUCUAUUAUUCCUCUUUUCUAUUACAGUGUACAUAUUCAGUACACUUUUCUUAAUCCAUUCCCUCAUUUCUUAUUCGAUAUUCCCAUUACUUAUAAACAAUAAAAAAUAGCUUUAAAUGAAUGAAUAAACGUUUUAAUUGCAUUUUCCACCUAUACAACAUAUGUAAAGUGCUCAUUACUUAUUCCAAUCCUUCAUUACUUAUUCGAUUUUCUCAUUACUUAUUCGAUUUAUUAUCAUUUAUAAACAAUAUACAUAGCUUUAAAUGAAUGAAUAAACGUUUUGAUUCAAUUUUCGACCAAUACGACACAUGUUAAGUGCUCAUUACUUAUU